AUGACGGGAUCGGAUUUGAAGAAGGCUGAACAACAGGCAUUGAAGACGUUGGAUCCGGAAGAUUUGGCCAAGCGACAGACCGAGCUGAGGGCUCAGAGGGAUUUGAUGUUCCGUGCGGAGAGGAAGGCCAAGAGGGUCGCCAAGAUCAAGUCCAAGGCGUUUAGGAGGAUCCAUAGGAAGUCUUUGGCCAAAGGGGGGAAGGAGGGUCUGGACGGGUUGAGUUUGAACGAGUUGAAAGAGUUGGACUUGUUGGACGGUGGGUCCAGGGCUGAGGAUGAACAGGCGAGGAGGGAGGUGUUGAGGGCUAAGGAGAGGAUGACGCUCAAGCAUUCGUCCAAGGGUGGGAGGUGGAGUCGGACGGAUAUUGGAGGGCUGGAGGGACUGGAUGAGGAGAGGAACACGGCCGUGAGGGAGAUGGUAGCGCGCAAGGAGGCCUUGACAAGGAGGAUUGAAGGCCGCGGCGAUGACGAUCGCGAUGAAUCUUCGGACGACGACGACUCGGACGACUCGGAAGAUGAGAACGACAACGAAGGCGGUGUCGACAAGAUCCGACGACGAGCCUUCGACGAACUUGCCAGUCUCGAAGCGCGCGAGAAGGACAAGGCCGAGAAUGGGCCGCAGCUCAAGGGUGUGCUCAACAUGAAGUUUAUGAGGGACGCCAUCGCUCGAGAGGAUCACAAGGUGCAGCAAUCGACGGACGAACUUCGAACCCGACUCGAGAGGAUGGAUGAGAUGGGUGGUGCACUCCGAGCUGAUAAUGAGGACGAUUCUGAUGACGAGGAACCGGGUGCGCAGUCGCAGCAGGUUCAGGGUAAUACUGGGCGAAUGGUCUUCGGACCUUCGGGGGUAGCUCAGGUCAGUUUUCAAGGUAAAGAUUUGAGCUUAGGCCUUCUGCAGGAGCUAAACAGCCUUUGACCUCCACCCAGACUUCUUCCGCCCAGGCCCCACCUUCGACAUCCUCGACCAAAUCGUCCACGCACACGACCAAACUAUCGGCUCCUCUGUCCGUAGCAUCCGUCCGUCCCUCUCCUCUCGCCUCCACAUCAGCUGCAGGCCCCUCGAUGACCGAAUCGAAUCCGUGGCUCGCCCUCGCCGCCGAAGGUGCCUCUGGCUCCAAGAUCUCGCGCAAAUCCAACAAAGCCGCUUUCGGAAAGGACGAACACGCCGCGACCAAGUUAGCAUCCAAAGUCGAGCGACGGAAGAGUCGACUUGAGAACGCUAGGGAGGCGGAGAAGGAUGAUGCGAGGAUCGAGAUUGAGGGCGUUGGGAGUGCACCUGAGGCCUCGACGGACAAGAAGGUGCAGAAGAAGGGUCAGGCGAAGGGGAAGCAGGCCGGGAUCGAAUUAUCGACUGAGGCGAGUGCUCGAUUGACGAUGGAGGAUGAGGUGGUGAAUUCGUCGGAUGAGGAAGGAGACGUUGAUGCCCAAAGGGGCAAAGGCAAGACGGCGAUUCAACAGAGGGAGUUGGUCGCCAAGGCUUUUGCGGGCGAUGAUGUGGUUGCUGACUUUGAGGAGGAGAAGAGAAGAGAGAUCGAGAGAGAUGCGCCGAAGGAGAUUGAUAACACGUUGCCUGGAUGGGUGAGUGAUUCGUCUGUUGAUGACCGUUCAUCGAGCAUCGGCUGAUUUGUGUCUUGCGUCGACUCAGGGCGCCUGGUCUGGCAAAGGCGUCAAGAAAUCCAAGAAACCCCAACGCAAAUUCAUCACCCACGUCCCCGGUAUCAAAGCCUCGGAUCGUCAAGACGCCAAGUUCUCCAACGUUAUCAUCUCGGAGAAGAAGGACAAGAAGGCGUCCAAGUAUUUGCUUAAGGAUCUGCCGUUCCCUUAUACGAGUGUCGCGCAGCACGAACACAAGUUGAGAACGCCGAUGGGACCCGAGUGGUCGACGAGUACGGUAGGUCUUAUCUGAUCCAUGACCGGCUUGGAAUGCGGGAAAAUAUGGUAACUGAUUCAAAUGUUUCAUCCUCACAGGUCCUACGAGACCAGACUCUGCCUUCGGUGUUGAUCAAACCGGGAGUGACGAUUCGCCCUGUAGAGCGCAAGAUUUGA